AUGUCCAAGAUUCCCAGGAAUUUUAAGCUCCUUGAAGAGUUGGAGAAGGGUGAAAAAGGUUUGGGCGCUGAAUCGAUAUCUUAUGGAUUAACCAAUCAAGAUGAUAUUACAAUGACAAAUUGGAAUGGAACUAUUCUUGGUCCCCCUCAUUCGAAUCAUGAGAAUAGGAUUUAUUCGCUAAGUAUAAUAUGCGACAAAAAUUACCCAGAAUUACCACCUAAAGUGAGGUUUGUUUCCAGAAUAAACUUGCCCUGUGUCGAUCCUCGGGGAAACGUUAUUAUCGAUGAAUUUGACACGUUGAAAAACUGGAAGAGAUCAUAUACUAUGGAGACUGUGUUGUUGGAGUUGAGGAAAUGCAUGGCUUCCCCAAGUAACAAGAAGUUGAUCCAACCUCCUGAGGGAGCAACUUAUUAG